ACCAACAACUCAUCGCCUCGCUUCUUCUUCCCACUAGCCAAAAGCACAAACCACCGAGAAAACGCUUCUCAGAUAAACAUCAUCACCAUGGCGGCGUCUCUUGCCUGCGCUUUCUUCUUCGACGCCGAGCCGGUGGGCGAGCAGGGCAGGCACGCGCUGGACGCCUGCGCGCUCUGCACCAAGCAGCUCACGAGGGACAGCGACAUCUUCAUGUACAAGGGGGACACGCCCUUCUGCAGCGAGGAGUGCCGCUACGAGCAGAUGCAGCUCGACGCGGUGUACGCGAGGUCGGCCGGACGGAGGCAGCAGCAGCAGUACUCCGGGAGGGCGGAUUCGCGGCGCGGGCACCGGGAGACCAGGAAGGUGUCCGUGGCGAGCUAAUCAAGCUGCGUCGAUAAUAUAAUGAUCAGCUGAGAAGAAUUGGCGUUGAAUCCAGACGAGAUUUCAAGAGCUAAGCCACGCAUCAACAUGCGGCGACGAAGGAGAUUGAUUUCUCCAAGGCCGCGAUGCCCGACGGCGCCGGAGAAGAGUCUGAGGAAGUUCAUCGGCAAGAUGAGAUCUUUGCCAUGUGGGUCGCUCGGGUCGACCUUGUCUUGGCUCUCAGAUUGGCGCCCUUUUGCGGGUCGUGUCGCGUUUGUGCGCCAGCGUGCGCGUUAGAGCCUGAGUGUAUCAUCACUUUGUAAAUCCAAAGCAGUUGGGAAGGCUUUAAAGUUUCCAAGUUCCUACAAUGCAAUUUUUUUAGCAGAAUCA